UGAGAGAGAGAGAGGGAGAAGGAGGAGGAGGACUCUCUCGGCGAUUGAUCCUGGGCCGGUAGCGCUGAAGAGCAGUGAAUUAGUAACGAGUACGGAAUCAUGGGAGAAAUCGAAGCAGAGAGUGAGCCGAUGGUCAGCAACACUGGAAGAAACGGAGGAGAGGAACCGCACAUGACGAAUAAGAAGAACGAUCACAAUCAUACGGUGGAAAUCGUUCUCCGAACCGUAGGCCCCGCUCGUCCCUCUCGCCUCCGCGUCUCCUCUUCCAUCAAAGUGUGUGACUUGAGACAGCUGAUUGCGGAGGAUGGCAAUCUACCGAUUGAGAAUUUGAGGCUUAUUUUCCAAGGGAACGUGUUGCAUGACAAUAGCGGAAAUGGGGAGGAUGUCUACCUGAAACUCAAUGAUGGUGAUUCCCUGAUUGUUGCUGUUAAACCUAAGCCACCAGUUAAACAUCUUCGCAAUGAAUUUGAUGAUGACGACGAUGAUGAAGACCUGAAGUUUCAGCUCCCACAAUCCUCGAGCCGGUGGAAAAGAAAGCUUUACUCUUUUCUACAUGAUAAGUUGAAGCUUCCUGAUAUCCUUUUGAUGGCAAUUUUCUCUCUCAGUCUAAAGGCAUGGGCUGUUAUUGUCUUGUGGUUUAUCUUGGCACCUGUUGCCCAUAAAUUCAAUCUUGGACGUCUAUUUGUUGCUCUCGAAAUUGAGGAGGAGGUUGCAGAGGUUGUGGGGAAUAAAAAUUUCAUGGUAUCUGUCAUGGCUUCAGAGUCUAGAGCUGGUGGAAUGAAGUUUGAAUUCUCAUUUGGGUUCUCAGCUAAUUGCUUGUGCAGCUGAAAGUUGUAGCCAGAAGACUCUGGUUUCUCUGCUAUUGUUAUCUCUGUUGCGCCCGCAUUUGGGUCUGCUUGUUCUGCUGUUGGAUGCCAUGGCGGUAGCUCAGCUAGCUUGUUGAUGGUGGACUUGGCCUUGAUGAGCCAAUCCAGAGCUUUGCUAGGCCGGUCAUAGCCUAACCAGUCUUGAACAUCAUAGAAUUGAAUGGAGGUGUGGACUGAGAGCCGGACCCGGCGGACCCGAGGACCUUUUGUGGUGGGACAAAGUUUUCCUCCAACCCAAUCUUUGCCAUAUGUCCACUUUGCAUAUGAGAAACACAUGUUUUUUAAAGAAAUAUUUAAAAAACAUGGGAUUCUCACAUGCAAAAUGGACACAUGACAUUUUUAUAGAUUGGGUUGGAGGAAGUUCCUCCAACUUGGAAGAAAUAUUUGUCCUUUGCGGUUGGGGAGAGUUUUUUUUUUUUUUUUUAUUAAUUUUUUU